UGGUUUUGUGUGGCCACAGAUCGCUUGGUUUUAUUGCUUUGGUUUGUGGUCAGAAGACAUGGGCGGCGGCUUCUGCUCUAAGAAGCAACAAGGAUGAUGAUAUCUGUUGACGCCCGAGCUUUUGUGCUGGCUGUCCUGAUACAUCAUUGACAAUUCUGCUCCAAUGGUGGACAAUAUCUUAGCAAAAGAUUGCCAUGACAGUGAUGUGGCUCCCCUCUGCCUACCGUCGACACUUAUCUUCACAGAUUGGAGAAGGGAAAGGCACCACCAGCUGCGUUCACCAUGUUGAAUGAUGCCGCAGAGAGAGAAGACGAGGCAAUUGUUUCGGUGAAGCAGAAGAUGCGCCCCCAUGCGGUGCUCAUCCCGUACCCCACCGCAGGGCAGCUGAACCCCAUGCUGCAGCUGGCGGAGCUGCUACAGUCCAGAGGCUUCUACAUCACCUUCGUCAACACCGAGUUCAGCCGCCGGCAACUCCUGCGCACCGGCGGGCCAGGCGCGCUCAGCGGCAGCGAGACCUUCCGGUUCGUGACCAUUGCGGACGGCGUGUCGCAGGCGGAUCACCUAGGCCCGGAUCGGCUGGUCGAGCUGUGGCUCUCGAUACAGAGGAACUGUCCUGCCGCGCUUGCGGAGCUUCUGCUGGAGCUCAACGCCUCCUCCGACGUGCCCCGCAUUACCUGCAUGGUAGCCAACUACUUGAUGACCUUCACACGAGCGGUGGCGGAGCAGAUCGGCGUUCCCGAGUUGGUCUUCUGGACCACCAGUGCUUGUGGCCUCAUGGCGUCCCUUCAGCUCGGGGAGCUCGUCAGAAGAGGAUACAUACCAUUCAAAGAUGAGAGUUGCCUGACAAAUGGAUAUUUGGACACUGCCAUUGAUUGGAUUCCUGGAAUGAAAGAGAUGCGGCUCAGAGACCUCUCCAGCUUCAUCAGAACGACGGAUCACGACGACAUCUUCCUCAAGACGGAGAUGGAGGAAGUGGAUUACGCGCUGAAAGCAUGGGGUUUGAUCCUCAACACAUUCGAAGACAUGGAAAGCGAGGUUUUGGAUGCUCUGCAGGGGUUCUUCCCGCGGAUUUACACGCUCGGUGCCGUCGGCUCACUCGUCGAACGGGUUGCGGGAGGAAGCCGAAGCACCUCACCGCGCUUGGGCUUUUGGCGAGAGGAUCGCAGGUGCAUGGACUGGCUCGACGCUCAACAGGAUGCAUCGGUGAUCUACGUGAGUUUCGGAAGCCUCGCGGUCUUGACGGUCACGCAGCUGACGGAGUUUGCAUGGGGCCUCGCCGACAGCAACCAUCCCUUCCUGUGGGUCAUUCGACCCGACAUGGUCGAAGGCGGGGCCGCCACGUUGCCGGAAGAGUUCAUCGAAGAAACAAAAGGGAGGAGCUUCUUCGCCGGCUGGUGUCGACAAGGAGAAGUGCUCGCCCACCCUUCCAUCGCUGGCUUUCUGACGCACAGCGGCUGGAACUCCAUGAUGGAGAGCGUCGCCUGCGGCGUGCCGGUGAUCUGCUGGCCAGGAUUCGCGGAGCAGUACACGAAUUGCCUGUAUGCUUGCGAGCAGUGGGGAUUCGGCAUGGAGAUCGACCAAGUCGUGAAGAGAGAGCAGGUCAAGGACGUCGUUGUGGAGCUGAUGGAAGGAGAGAAGGGGAAGGAGAUGAGGAAGAACGCCACCAAAUGGAAAGAGAUGGCAGCGCGAGCAACAGCACAAGGUGGGAGCUCACAUGGAAACCUGGAGAGAUUGGUGAAGGACUUGAAUCCUUAACACAAUUGGAUUAACAUUGCAGUAAUCUUCUUGUAUGCUUCCUUUGUAGAGGUCAUGAGAAUUCUGUACAUGUUUAGUGUACAGAUGCAGAUGACAUGGUUUAGUGUCACAAGUUAUCAUUGGAAUCUAAAUGCUACAAUGCAGAUGACAAAGACAUCAUAAUAUAAUUCCAUCACUAAAUUUCCA